ACCUCGACAGACGGCUGAAAUUUUAAAUAUACAUAUGUACAUAUUUAAAUUGGACUAAACAAUGGUAAAACAAUGCAGGACCUGCAACAGCAGGGAUAUCUCGACCUAUUUCAAUACGCUCGAUGCCGUAAGCAAGGAAUAUGAUGGCAAAACAUAUGCUCAGCUUCUUGCGGAGUUGACAAGUCUUCAUGAUUCAACAAUACUACCGCGAUGGAUAUGUCGCAGCUGCACUCAAAGGCUUAUUGGUGCCUAUGAUUUUGUUCUUCAAGCUCAAGAAGCAAAUGAACAUUUUAUAAACCAUAUGAAAUUGGAGACAGCAUCCGAAGAUGAGAAAUGUUUAGACGAGCAGCCGGUUAUCUUGUGUAGCGUUACUGGUAGAGGAAAGCCAUUAUUGGCUGGGAAACAAAUUCAGCAAACAACAACUAUAGAUCCCUUAGUAUAUCAGGAGGAGGAGCACUUAAGCGACAGUACCAAUUAUGAGCAUAAACUCGAACCGGACGAUGAGCCCCAAAUGCGAAGGGCCGGAGGCAAGUACAAUUGCAAGUUAUGUACAAUGUCUUUUAAAUACUUGCAUAGUCUUAGACGUCACGAGCAAGGAACGCACAAUGGGAGACCCAAGCGUCGGAACAAACGAAAGGAAAAUCGCCGCCUGAUUGACUUUGAUUUGAAUUGCUGUAAAUCAAAUGGUUGCAAAACAAUAGAAUGUAUGAUUUGCUUGCAAAGGUUUGGUAAGGUUUCCCAACUACGAGCACACUUGGAAGCACACCCCACAGAUAUUUCAUUUGAGGCGCAUGGUCAGCCUAUUGCACGCAUUGCCGAGAGCUUUUAUAGAAAAGCAGAGGAGACUACUGCAGAUGACCUAAAGCAGCACAUAUUCGAUGAUCUUGGAGCCGGUAUUUAUUCUCCCUACUACUCCAUUACCAAUGACGUUGGUUAUGAGAUGAGCUUGGAUAGUUCCGACACAGACGGCGAUAAUGACGAGAAAAGCUACGCUUGUGAAUUGUGUGAAUCAGGUACCUGGCCGCGUAAAUUUAUGGUUAAUGAACAUCAUUUAUUGAAUCACUCUUGGCUGGAGGCAACAAACGUCUGUAAAAGAUGUAAUGCACGUUUUGUGAAUGCCGAUUUGUUGUUACAUCACACGAAGACACUGUGUCGCAAUACACAGAAACGCUUUCUAUGCGACGAAUGUCCCCAGCGCUUCUUCUGGCGUCACAAUUAUAGAAUGCACUUGCAGAGUCAUAAGGAAAACAAUGACUUGGCGAUAGAGUGCAAGGACGAGGUGUAUCAGUGUGACAAAUGUGAUCGAAGCUUUGUGGCUAAAAAUUCAUUCACCAAGCAUAUGCGGGAUCAUGAUAAUGAAUCCAUAGUCUGUAAUAUAUGUAAGCGUUCAUUCAAUCGUUUGGCCUUAUUCCACAAACACUUGCUGCGCCACGGCAUCGCCGUUCACGACUUGCCUUUGGCAGAGACAUAUCAAAAGGCUGGUGCGAAGUCAUUCGGUCCGAAGAAAAUUAUUUGUAAGUUAUGCGAUUUGGAAUUUGAAAGAGUAAAAGAGUUGCGCAGCCAUAUUUUAAGUGAACUUGAAGUACAUGAGGAAGCCAAAAACAGUUACAUGAUAGCAACUGAAGUUGGCUUCGAGUUGCAGCUUGACGAUACGGAUAGCGAUGAUAGCGAUUUUUCCACUGAGCAUAAGUUAAAUAUAUACAACUGCGACCUAUGCCAAUUACAAUUUAGGCGGAAAUAUGAAAUCAAUGAUCACCAAAUGAGCAUCCAUGCAUUUGAUGAAAUGCCAUACUCCUGUGGUAAAUGUAUUUUUACCACCGUCAGCAAGAGCAUAUUGGAACAUCAUGUAGAAACGCAAUGCCACAAUGAGGGCAAGAAAUUGGACUGUCCCCAUUGUCAUUUCAAGUUUCAAUAUCAGGAGAAUCUUACCAAGCACAUUCGCACACUUCAUGUCCGCAAGCCAUCGAUGCUUGUAACGGAGUCUUCGAGUCCCCGACCAUUCCAGUGUCCACAGUGCGACCGCACCUUUGCUGUUCAUGGCUGUAUGACAAGGCACAUACGCAAUGUGCAUCAUAGCGAGCAAGUGGCGAUCAAAAAGAGCAAGUACCUUUGCUCACUUUGUGGCUUAGAUGCACUAAGCCCUAGCAAACUGACUAUUCAUAUGCGCCGGCAUACUGGUGAUAAGCCAUUCAAAUGCGAUCUUUGCGAUAAGGCCUAUCCGGUUUACUUCGAACUCAAAGUCCACCGCCGUCAGCAUACGGGUGAGCAGCCAUUCCAAUGUUCAGUUUGUGGCAAGGCUUUCGCACGGCAGGAUAAAUGGAAGCAACAUGUGCUGACACAUGGCAUUAAAAACUAAAUCCAUUCCAUAAUAGAAAUUAGAUCGGAAUUAAUUGUUUAAUUCAUUGAUUGAUUGUACAAUAGCUGUUUUUAGCACAUGAGAGUCGAUCGCCAUUUGUAGAAUACAAUGUUUGCCGUCCUUUCUAAAAUUAUUUUGAAAUAAAGAAUGAAAGUAUGAAACCGGUU